GGCUCGAAGAAAGCACGACAAAUACUCAUGAAUCAGCUGUGGUGAAACAACUGUUUCCAUUUGGUGUUCCGCAAAAUUUUGCUAAUCUUGUUGAUCAACUCUUUGAACCAUCACCAACCGUGCACAGACAACGAUGAUUCCUGAUGCGCAUAAUCCCGAUAUGUCCAAUUGGGAUCAAUUGGAUCAGAUAGUGAAGGAAACCCGUGCCUUUCUCACUGAAUACGACGAAAUUGUGCUACACAAAGACCUGUACCGUGCCUUAUUCAUGUACGAGCUACACAACCUUCGGGAUGAGGUGGUGAUGCUGUUGAAGAAGUUUACAUCGCGCCCGAAAGACAUUGCCGAAAGAAAGGAAAUUGAGUGCUGUGGGCAAAUGUACAGUGAUAAGGAGGCAUUCAAUCGGCACUAUGAUGAGGCGCAUAACAAAAAAGCACUGCAAUCGGCUUCACUUUGUGAGCUGAAAAUGUCUUUGACGAAAAUUGAAAUUUUCGAACGGCACCUGAAAAAUUACCUUUCCGUUGGAAAGGAAUCGAGCUGCGAACUGCUGCUAAACCUGCGACGGAUAAUGAGGAGAUUGGAUGCAACACUAGAGUUCUAAAAUGCGUCUUGAUAAGACAGAACAUGAAUUGCACCUCGUCCACUUUUCCUUGUAACUUUAUGUUUUUUUUAAAUUAAACUAUAUGAUGAUGAUAGUAGCGUA